AUGUCCGAACACGGGGAGAAGACCAGUUCCAAGAUUGGUCAUUCCCUGGCCAAGGUCCUCGGUAUCAAGCUCGCAUACAGAGACCCUCUGGGUGCUACCGGUGAGGCCGUUACAAGAGGAGAAUCGGCAUUUUCCAUGGGCACCGUCGACACAUACUCAUACAAUGAGCCCGAGCCGACAAGCAUCGACUGGAUUCGCGAGACCACUCCUUCCGGAGCUCAAAUAGGUAGAUAUCUCAUCAGCUUGUUCCCUUUCCUUUCAUGGAUUGGCAACUACAACAUGACAUGGCUGUACGGUGACUUGGUUGCCGGUAUCACCGUUGGAGCGGUCGUUGUGCCACAAGGUAUGGCCUAUGCUGAGCUGGCUGGACUGCCGGUCCAGUACGGUCUGUACUCCUCCUUCAUGGGAGUUUUGAUCUAUUGGUUCUUUGCCACGUCAAAGGAUAUUACUAUUGGACCUGUGGCCGUCAUGUCCACUCUUACCGGAACUAUCGUGGCCAAGGUCCAGGAUGAAUACCCAGACUACCCUGCCCAUUUGAUUGCAUCCUCCCUUGCUAUCAUUUGCGGUGCUAUUGUUCUAGUGAUGGGUCUUCUGCGCAUCGGAUUCAUUGUCGAUUUCAUUCCUCUCCCCGCUAUUUCGGCCUUCAUGACCGGCUCCGCUAUCAAUAUCUGCGCGGGACAAGUUCCAACCAUGUUGGGUGAAUCAGCCAAAUUUAGUACGCGCGGUGCCACCUACAUGGUCAUUAUCAACACUCUCAAACACCUCCCUAGUUCGAAGUUGGAUGCUGCUAUGGGUGUCACUGCCUGUGCAAUGCUGUACAUGAUUCGCUCAGGAUGCACUUACGCCGCGAAGAAGCAGCCCGCUAGGGCCAAGACUUGGUUCUUCAUCUCGACUCUUCGAACUGUGUUUGUGAUCUUGUUCUACACUAUGAUUAGUGCCGCCACGAACUUGCACCGCAGGAAGCACCCGGCAUUUAAGCUCCUCGGGACAGUCCCUCGAGGAUUCCAACAGGCCGACGUGCCCACUAUGGAUUCCAAGAUCAUCAAAGCCUAUAUUGGCGAGCUUCCGGCUGCCGUCAUCGUUCUUCUGAUUGAGCACAUUGCCAUUUCCAAAUCUUUCGGCCGUGUGAACAACUACACUAUCGAUCCCUCUCAGGAAUUCGUGGCUAUUGGUGUGAGUAACCUGCUCGGGCCUUUCCUCGGUGGCUACCCCGCGACUGGAUCUUUCUCCCGGACAGCUAUCAAGUCUAAAGCUGGAGUGCGCACACCCCUUGCUGGUGUCAUUACCGCGGUCGUGGUGCUCUUGGCUAUCUAUGCCCUGCCCGCUGUCUUCUUCUUCAUCCCUAAGGCUUCUCUGGCUGGUAUCAUUAUCCACGCUGUCGGUGAUCUGAUCACUCCCCCGAACACUGUUUACCAGUUUUGGCGUGUGUCUCCGCUUGAUGCGAUUAUUUUCUUCAUUGGUGUCAUUGUCACUGUUUUCAGUUCCAUUGAAAAUGGUAUCUACUGCACAGUCUGUGUGUCGGUUGCAGUCCUCCUUUUCCGUGUGGCCAAGGCCCGCGGUCAGUUCUUGGGCCGUGUCACUAUCCAUUCUGUUGUCGGAGACCACCUGUUGGACGGGGAGGGAAAGUACGGAUCGUUCGGAACUAACAAGACUCCCUCCGACGACGAGGACCGCCACCACCGCACUAUCUUCCUUCCCCUUAACCACACUGAUGGCUCCAACCCUGACAUCGAAGUGGAGCAGCCCCUUCCUGGUAUCUUCAUCUACCGCUUUGCCGAAGGCUUCAAUUACCCCAAUGCCAAUCACUACACCGAUUCCCUGGUUCAAACCAUAUUCAAGAGCACCCGCCGAACGAACCCGAAUGCCUACAGCAACCGCGGUGAACGUCCAUGGAACGACGCUGGUCCCCGCCGCGGCAAGGAAGGCAGCGACGACGAUUCACACUUGCCCCUUCUCCAAGCCGUCAUUCUGGACUUCUCAUCCGUGAACAAUGUCGACGUAACCUCAAUUCAGAACCUGAUCGACGUCCGCAACCAGCUGGACAGGUACGCUUCCCCCCGCACCGUGCAAUGGCACUUCGCACACAUCAACAACCGCUGGACAAAGCGCGGCCUGGCUGCCGCAGGCUUCGGUUACCCGACCCCCGUCGCUCGCGACGGCUUCCACCGGUGGAAGCCCAUCUUCAGCGUGGCCGAGAUCGAAGGCAACGCCUCCGCCGCCGCCCACGCUGAAAUGAUUGCCAACCAACAAGAACACAAGAACGCGGAUAUCGAAUCCGGCCUCAAGUCUGAUUCCAACACCGUCACGUUGGAGACUAACGGCAUUGAGACCGCCUCUGAGAGCUCCGAGGCCGUCCGCGAGGACAAGUUCAAUCGCGAUAUCACGGACAGCAAGGCGUACCAGCGCCGUCCUAAGGUUGCGCUCGUGCAGGGCAUGAACCGGCCUUUCUUCCACAUCGACUUGACCAGCGCUCUUCAAAGCGCUGUUGCCAAUUCCUCGGACGUGAUCCCACACAUUGAGUGA